AUGCAACCACGGGAACCUUCCGUUUCUUAUCUAUUACCCUAUCCCAAUCACAAGAUCAAGGCACAUCGGUUCGGAAUUAACAAAUUGUUAUAUUUGGAAGCACGAGAAGGAUCUACGACAACAGAAAACAAUACUACUCAUCAUCAGGAACCAUAUUAUUUAUUUUCGGGAGGAAGAGAUGGAACGAUCAAAUGUUGGGCUCUUCAUUCUUCAUCAGCACAACAUCAGCAAAUACAUCAACAAGAACACACAACAUUAUCACCUACAAAGACAUCAUCUCAUUCCCCACACCAAUUCAUGUUCAGUUUAGAGGAGCAUGUGGAUUGGGUGAGUGAUAUGAUCUUACUAUCGGAUAAGAGGCAUUUAAUUAGUUGCAGUCAUGAUAAUACCAUCAUGCUAUGGGAUGUUGAUAUCAAUAAUCCACAACAUUGUUUAACGUAUAGAACUCACACAGAUUAUGUUACAUGUCUUGCAGCACCAUACACUCCGUUGGGAGGAGAAGCAUCUACUUGUUCAUUAUUUUGUUCUGGAGGUUUAGAUAGUUCUGUAUUUCUAUGGGAUGCCGAGAGAUUGGUGUCCAUUCGGAAAUACUUUGCGUCUCUGAAUAAUCCAACGAGUUCAAACAUGCAAGACAAUUCUUCUCCCAUGAAAACCAUUCAACAAUAUGACAUUCAGAGUUUACAAAGUUACUAUCCUCCACAAUUAAGCCCACAACCAAAACACAGCAUUUAUGCACUAGCCAUGUCUACGUGUAGUGCCAACCCUGGUUCAAUUAUUGAUCAACAUGUGAUGGUUGCAGCUGGAUCCACGGAUCAAAUGGUUCGACUUUAUGAUUUUAGAACCUCGACAAAAAUUGGAAAAUUACGUGGUCACAAAGACAAUAUUCGUUGUGUCUUGCUUUCGGUUGACGGCAAGAAAUGUAUUACUGGAUCUACGGAUGGUACAGUGAAAUGUUGGGAUUUAAAAACUCAACGAUGCUUGCAAACCUAUUCAUUUUCAAAUCCUAAAACAUUAGCUCCUUCAUCUGUGUGGACCCUAGAGUUUGAUCCGCACGAUCCUGAUCAAAACACAGUCAUUGUGGGCACACGAGAAGGUCUAACUUAUCAACUCGACACUAAAUAUAGAAAAUCAUGCACCAUCACAAACCUUCACUCCAUUAAUCCAUACGAAAAUAGAAAUUCAGUUCUAAGCACCUUAAUCAUUCCAUGUAAAAAUAACAAGGCAAAUAGUACUCUGUGGGUAGGAGCUCUUGACUCCAAUUUAUAUGAAUUUGAAUAUGGCCGAAUUGUGGAAAAUAUUAACAACACCAACUCGAAAGAUAUUUUUUCUCAAGACGGUGUGACUGUGAUGGCAACCACUCCAAAAUCUGCUUCCAGCUCAUUUUCUCAUAUGGACUUUUCGUCUCCAGUUACUUCUUCCAACCUUGUAGAAAAUCCUCCCACUCCUAAAACUCCAAGCUCACGAAGUCGAGCCAGCAGUUUCCUCGUUCAACGAAGAGCUUUUAGUGUUAAUGCCGGCAUUUCACAUUACAUGCCUCGAUCAAAGAUUCCUGGAUGUCCAGGUAUUGUUGAACAUUUUAUUUUGAAUUGUAGAAAACGAGUGCUCGUGAAGGAUAAUUCUGGUCGAAUUUCUCUUUGGGAUAUCACCAAUGGAAAAAUGAUUGAAGAUUUUGGAAAUUCACAUUCUUCAAAUAUGACAGACGAUGAUUUAUUUGAAAAAUUAUGUGCUGACUUUUCAAAAGAAAUGAUUUCAGUAAGAAAUUGGUUCACAAUCGAGAAGAAAUUGGGUUCGCUUGAAAUUGUCUUGACACCCAAUGAAUGCUUUAAUGCUGAAAAUUAUGCCUAUGAAUCUGGAUUUUUAGAUUGUGACGAAGAAGACAAGGUCAAUUAUGGAGUCAUGAUCAUUCAAGCACUCUUUCGAAGAUGGAGAGAAAAACGAAAUGAAUUACUUGCAGCUCGUCAACAAGAGGAAUCCAUUCAAAAUAUUGAACACGGAACCAAGGAUGAUGAGACUCCAAUGAAUGACGCGACCACAACCAAAACUGCAUCAGAGCAUUCUACUCCUGAACAAACGGCACAACAACAUGAGUCCUCAAUGACCUCAGAACAACAACAACAACAACCACAUUCAGAUCCCAUGAAUCACGAACUGCAACGAGCAGAACGAAAAUUUGAUUUACCUGAAAACACAGCAGUGAUUAUACAUUUCGAAAAAACUUGCUCAGAUAAGAGUCCUUUCAAAAAACAAAUUCGACAUUUUGACGGAGAAGAAACUGAAGGUUUCCCAAUUCCUCAAUGGGUAGUGGAUAUUACCAAUGGACUGCCUCCAAAUGUAAAUCCUCAAUCUCACAAAUUGUCAUUUUAUUUGGAGCCAGCACCGGAUGAACCAUUCUUGAAACCAUUACAAUUGAAUUCUGCCAAAUCAUUGGCACACCGUAUUUUGAGAAUUUACAAAGUUGCAUUUCAUGUGGUAAACAAGUUGAAUAUUGAAUUACCAACGUUUGCUGAAUUGGAAGAAAUUAAGCGAAAAUAUUAUGAAUACAAGAGAAAAGAACACGAAUUGAAUCCAGAGAUUCCUCUUGUCACGCGAGAGAGUGAUGAAGCAUUUGACGAGUCGCUCAUACUACCACCGAAUAUUGAUCUCAAUCUGAGGUGCAGACCUGAGGAUUUGGUGGAAGUAUUCUGUCAGGGUCACAGAAUGAAGAAUCGAUGGAAUUUGGCAAUUGCAAACGCCUUCUUUAGACCAAAAAACGUUUCUUAUAUUACGCUGCAUUAUAGACAACGAUAUUUAAUUCCUUCGUCAUCAGUGCGACAGUAA